CGCGCUACGCUCCAGUUUGCUACGAGAUCCGGAGCGGGUCGGUCGCGUUUGGGUUCGUUUUCGUAGCUCGAUGCGAAGUCCGUGGGAAUAAGUUGUGCCGGAUUUUUUGAUCGAAUAUUUUUGUUCGUUGCAACUGUUUUGUUUUUUGAGUGUCGAGUGAACAGUGGAUUUUUUAUUUUUAUUUGUAACGUUAGUGUUAAUCUUUGCACACUCACAAUACUGAAAUAAAAUCAUCAGAUUUAAAAGCGAAAAAAGAAACUAAACACACGAGCAUCACACAUGUCAACGUAUUCUCAAAAACUAAAUGAACAACGACCAGAUUUAAAUGAACCGUGACUCGAAUUAAAUGAACAUUUAAAUGAAGAACAAACAAGUGACUGCUAGUGUAAAAUGUACUGUUUUGGAUGAUAUCUCGUGAAUUGUUUAUGAAAACGGAAUGAAGAACGAGAAGACAUAUUUUUGGUCGAUGCUGCACGCACUGGCGCUUUUACCGACUAUGGCUUUAAAAGAUUCCCAAAUGACAACAAAAAAGUUUUCAGAAGAGCCCGAGUUUGAGCGUCCUAUUGGCAACCACACCUUCUUCUUGGGGAGAGAAGCAGUACUAGGAUGUGCCGUCACAAACCUUGCCAAACAUAAAGUAGGCUGGCUUCGAGCAGAAGACCAGACAGUCCUCACAAUGCACGACCGAGCAGUCCUAAGCGCGAGGUACUCCGUCCACAUGGACGCGCCCAGGACUUGGCAGUUGAGGAUCAGACCACUGAGGGCUGAGGACCGCGGCUGCUACAUGUGUCAGAUCAACACCCAGCCUAGUAUGAAGUGGCAGAUUGGGUGUAUCGAUGUUUAUGUGCCGCCCGAUAUUAUGAGUGACGAGACUUCGGGAGAUGUGUCAGUUCAAGAGUUGGAGAAUGCGACGCUGACCUGCAAGGCCACAGGUCAUCCUCCUCCAAAGAUCACGUGGAGGAGAGAAGACCACGAACCUGUGUUGCUGAAAAAGCCACAAUCUAGGGAGUUUGAUAAAGUGGAAAGCUACGUGGGCAGCUCGCUGCCGCUGUGGCGCGUGGACCGGCGGCAGAUGGGCGCGUUCCUGUGCAUCGCCGCCAACGACGUGCCGCCUGCCGUCAGCAAGCGCAUCAUACUUAAUGUUAACUUUGCACCUACAGUAAAAGUACCCAACCAGUUGUUGGGAGCGCCGCUGGGCACCGACGUUAAGCUAAAAUGUUACGUGGAGGCCCAUCCCAACACCAUCAACUAUUGGAUCAAGAAUAGAGGAGAGAUGUUGCUUGAUGGGCCAAAAUACACAAUAACAGAAGAAAAGGUCUCCUAUCAGGUGACGAUGUGGCUGACCAUCAGACAGUUCUCUAGAAGUGACAUCGGUACUUACAACUGUGUGAGCACCAACUCGCUCGGCAAGAGUGAGGGCACGCUCAGGCUUUAUGAAAUAAAACUGAAUUCAUAUUCAGAAGAUUUUGGAAAUCAGAUCAGCGUUGCUGGUGGUCUGACAGAAGCAGCAAAAGGUGGUUGCCAACCAGUCCACCAGAGGGCAGUGCUAUCGCUAAUACUAUGUUACGUUACCCUGCUAUACUUGUUUACGUAGUUAUAAUUAUUCUGUACAUAAUUGUUAGGAGGUGUGUGGUGUGACGUAAAUUGUGACAUACAUUAUUUAAUUUAAAAACGAUAUGAUAUUUUAGUAUGUUU